GCAGCCCAUUUACCAACGUCAUCAAAACGCGCUCUACAGAAAGCUGUUCAAGCGGUUUUGACUGCAGUCUCCAAAAAUGUCCCGUCGAUAUGAUUCCCGAACAACCAUCUUCUCACCAGAGGGGCGUCUGUAUCAGGUUGAGUACGCCAUGGAAGCCAUCGGCCACGCCGGCACCUGCCUGGGAAUUUUAGCCAAUGACGGAGUGCUGCUGGCUGCUGAGAGGAGGAACAUUCACAAGUUGCUGGAUGAAGUGUUUUUCUCAGAGAAAAUCUACAAGUUGAAUGAAGACAUGGCGUGCAGCGUGGCAGGAAUCACAUCAGAUGCCAACGUGCUGACCAACGAGCUGAGACUUAUAGCACAGAGGUACCUGCUGCAGUACCAGGAGCCAAUCCCCUGCGAGCAGCUGGUCACAGCUUUGUGUGACAUCAAACAGGCCUACACCCAGUUUGGAGGAAAACGUCCCUUUGGAGUCUCGCUGCUCUACAUGGGCUGGGAUAAACACUAUGGCUUCCAGCUCUACCAGAGUGACCCCAGUGGAAACUACGGAGGCUGGAAGGCCACCUGCAUCGGAAACAACAGCGCCGCAGCUGUCUCCAUGUUGAAGCAGGACUUCAAGGAGGGAGAGAUGACUCUUUCUGCAGCUCUUGCUCUUGCCAUUAAAGUUCUCAAUAAAACCAUGGACGUCAGCAAGCUGUCUGCAGAGAAAGUGGAGAUCGCCACGCUGACCCGCGACAACGGCAAGACCUGCAUCAAAGUGCUGAAGCUGAAGGAAGUGGAGGAACUGAUCAAGAAGCACGAAGCAGAAGAGGCCAAAGCUGAGAAAGACAAGAAAGAGAAGGAGCAGAAAGAGAAGGACAAGUAGAGAGAGUUUUGUGUGUGAGAACGAAUGUGAGCUUGCGAGUGUGGAUGUAAAAACUGAGUCAUCAGGUAUGUUUGCAUUUAUGUUGUUUCUUAAAAUAAAUCCAGGUGUUCAACUAUUGACUCUCGA